AACGUUCGAUCGAUCUCUCUUGUUCAGGAAAACGCCACUCAACAUCAGACCACUACACAGACGCCGUGAGGUCUUCUGUAGAGCGAUAAUUUGGCCAACAGAUGCUCAAAGGAUUGACUGAACUGUGAUUUGGCGGCUCUAGUUGCAUUACUAUCUGAGCUUGAUCAACAGGGAACUUGAUUCAUAUGGGUAUGGCGUAAAUUAAUAUUAUCUGAUGGAUAUGCUCAUGCUGCUUAUUUGGUUCAACCUUGGAAGUCCUAACUGGUAGGUGAGCAAUAUGACACUCGAGGACUUCUUUACCUUAACCGAGUUGAGAGAUGGGCUCACGACUCCCACCAGAGUUAACGAGCUCCUCACCGUGAUGCAGAAGGAGAAAGAUUGUGUUGUGAAGAAUGUCGGUGAAGCAACCCGACAAUGGUCUGCAGUUGCAUGCACCAUCGCAACUACUGAGAAUAAAGACUGCCUUGAUCUUUUCAUCCAAUUAGAUGGACUCUGGUUCAUUGAUCGGUGGCUCAAGGAUGCUCAGAAGUUUGGAAACGAUACUGAAAACCGUUUUUUGGAAGAAUUAAUCAUUGCACUGUUACGGGCACUAGAGAGGCUCCAGGUAGACAACCAUAGGUCUAUUUCUUCUGGAAUUGAUAAAACUGUUCAGGAUCUUCUUGGUCAUAGUAGUUCUAUGGUUCGGGAAAAAGCUAAAGCUCUAUGUGAGGGGUGGACCCCCAUUCAGGACAUCGACGUAGCUCCAACGGAUGUCAAAAUGAUUGAGGCAAUUGGUAACGCAACAGAAUGCCCCGCCGUUGCUAUUUCUAAUGAAGAAAACAUGGAACAAUCGAGCGAUCAAAAGAUGCUAAAAGAAGAGAUGCCAACACAGGAAACAAUUAUGGAAUCUGCAAGUACAAACCAGGAUCCUGUUGAUUCAUCAGUGAAUAUUAGCGUAAAUGUAGCUGUUAAGGUUGAAGCUGAUAGAUCGAAAUCAGAAAGCACUGUUUUAACAGGAAUUUCUGGUUCUACACCUACUGUGCAAUCAGAUAUUUCUCAGUUGGGUAAGCAUGUUGAAGAUGCAAAGGAAAAGCAGGAGAUCGAUUCUUUGGAUAAAACAGGUAAAGUGGAAUCGACUACCGUUUCUAGUCCUUUGGAGCACAAACUUCUGAGUGAAAGUGCUGAUAUUGAGAAAACUUCGGAGCCUGAUACAAAGACGGAAAAGAGGGAAGACACCAGUGACAAAGAUGAAGAUAUGAUGGAUGGUGGUGAUUCUAGUGGUGGAGCUUUGCAGGUAUCCGAGAAUAAAUGGGGAGAAGCUGAUAACCCUAAAACUACAUCAAAUACAGAAAGUGAUGAGGAAGAUGCAAAGAAAUUUGUUGGAAUUCAGAGCGAUGAUGAUUCAGGAAACUUUUCACGGUUUUCUAAACGGUCGAUGAAAGGUCAAGAUGGUGAUUUGAUUAGCAAGAGACCAUCUGAUAUGGAACUGGAUUAUGGGAUGGUUGAUCCAUUGGAGCUGGCUAGACAAGUUGCUAAUGAAGUGGAAAGAGAAGUUGAUUCUAGGGAACGAAGCUGUAGUAGUACUUCUCAGAACGUUUCUGGUAGUGGAAUCGAGAGGGCAAGCAGUCCAGACUCCAGAAAUGAAAAAGAACCCGAAUCCGUCGGGGGCUCGGGUAAGGAGGUUUCAUCCGGAUCUGGACCUAAGGGUUCACCGAGGGCAGCCGAGCCAGUGACUGAUGUUGAAACACUUGUUUCCAAAAUGGCAAGUUGUGAGCCUAAUAUACCAGAAACUAAAAUUUCCGAGAUGGCUCAAGAAUCGGCACCUAAUGCUGAAAGAGGGUUUUCUGGGUUUGAUCUGAAUCAAGAAGUUUCUUCUGAAGAACCCGAAUGUCGAGUCGAUCCUGUCUUGACCCCAGUCUCGGUUGUUUCUGCCUCCAGGGCAGCUGCAGCAGAUGGAUUACCUGCUGCUCCUUUGCAAUUCGAGGGUACCCUUGGUUGGAAAGGGUCGGCUGCAACGAGUGCUUUUAGACGGAUCCCUGAAGUCGAAAGGGCAUUUAGCCAUAACAACUCAAAGCAACGAUUGGAUCAUCUUGAUUUCGAUCUGAAUGUUGCUGAAGGCAGUGAGGAUGUAAUCGAAGACCUCUUAUCUCGAGACAAAAUGCCGAUCACCUCUUUUCUAGAACCUUCUGUUGAAGAACCAAGGAGAUUAGAGAGGCUGCAGUUGGAUCUUAAUAGUCUCGGGGAUGGCGAUGCUGGCACUAUCGCUCUCGAUUGGAAGCGUGAUAGCCGAGUAGCUUCUUUGAGGCACAAUGGUCCCCAAAGUCCGUCUUUAUCCUCUUCAUCAUCGUCGAUGCAACCUUCUUUUAGGAACAUCGAUUUGAAUUUGAACGACCACUCGACUAUUCCGAAUAACACUUCUUUCGAUAAUCCGUUUCUCGGUAAGUUAUUCAACAACUCCAACGUUUCUGGAGGCUCCUAUAAGCGAGAUGAAUCCGUUAUUUCCAUUUUUGGUACCCAAGUCGAGGUAAAGCGCAAGGAUUCUGUUCCUGUACCUAACGGACGGAUUUUAGACCCUCCUGUGGAUUUCAGUUUGGGAAGAAGCGGGCCUGGUUUGGGGCUAGGACCUUCAAUGCCUUACGCUAAUCUACCUGCUUACGGUCACAAUGGUUUUGCAUUGGGUCCCGCUAUGUCUUUCUCCGCACCCAUGUAUGGCCCGCCAGGUGGGCCAAUUGGCCCGAUCCCUUACAUGGUUGAUUCAAGAGGAGCCCCUAUAGUCCCACAACUCAUGGGGUCAUCAUCCUCCAUCCCACCUCCCUUUUCUCAACCAACACAACCUUUCAUCUUCAACAUGACUGCAACCGGUGCACCAUCUGGCUCAAACGGUGCAGGCCCAUCACGUCAUAACUUCGAUCUGAACUCUGGCUUCAUGACUGAUGGGGGAAAUAGAGAGAAUAACGGGGGAUUGAGACAGUUUUUUAGUCACAAUCAAGUGAGACCAGUGGAUGAACAGCAGUUCUUGAGGAUGAGCAACUCACUACAAGCCUCUUCGAGUUCGGUCAUCGGAGGGAAACGUCAAGAACCUGAUAGCGGAUGGGAAUCGUUCCCGAUUAACUACAAGCAUCAUCAACAACCACCAUGGCAAUAGAGGUUUGUGUUUUAUUCAUCUUGAUCUGGCUCCCUCUCAUCUUUUUUACCAGUUUCCAUAGCAGCCAUAGUUAUAGAGAGAGUAGGCAAGCUGUUAACUUUAGUUGGAGGGAUGUUGGUGCAAUUUCGAAUAAAAAGACCGUUAGAAAGAAAGUCCCGGUGGUCUCGGGACGGUGGCGGAUGUAAUCUUAUUCAUGAGAUUAAUUGGCAAAGAAAUUAAGUAGGUUUACAGUGAGAUUUAUUUCUUAAUUUGGUUUUUAAGUGUCUGAUAGAACUUUGUUCACAUAGAGAUGUAAUUUCUUCUCCAUAUAUAUCAAAGAAAUUUAGAGAAGCUGUUUGCU